UCUCACCCAUGACCAUAUUUUCUCUCUCUAUUCCAUCAAGAAUAAAUGGCCACAAGAGUUGGACUCUCCAUUGAUCCACAUAUCACCAGAGAAAAACCCACUUCCAAAACCACCUCAAACUCCACCAGAUUUCUUGAUUUUUCCCGCCGGCCAUGGACUCUCCGGUCAACUCGCCUCCCAUCACCACCAUCCAGUUCCCGGUCGCCUCCGAGGAUCACGGAAAGAGGAAGGUUCUCGACGAGAUGGACUUCUUCGCCAACAAGAACGAGGGCGGCCGUGAUGAGGAGAAUGGGAUGGACCACUUCAAAGGAGGGUUUGAUCAUCGUGUGGAUUUUAAAGUUAAUACCGGUUUGCAUCUUCUUACGUCAGCGAACACGGGGAGCGAUGAGUCUGGAGUCGAGGACGGGAUGCCCUCGAUUCCGAAGAGAAAAAGAGAAAAUAUGGAGGUGGCAUUUCUUCAAGCUGAAAUGAAGAAGAUGGUUUCAGAGAAUAUUCGAUUGAAGGGGUUGUUGGAGGAAAUAAAAAACAACUAUAACGGUUUGCAGAUGGAGGCGUUGACAAUGAUGCAUAAUCACGAUGCAGAGGAAAAGAAAAAUGGGGUAACGCCUAGACAAUUCAUGGAUCCCGGUUUCGGGGGUAACGAGGAGAGUUCGUUGUCCCCGCCCGAGGGGCACAUUGACCGGGACAUGCCUGCUGCCCAUGACAAAGAUGUCGUGGGCAGAGAGGAACAGGGUUCGGAGAGCAAGGUUCAGAAGCUUGCACACUCUCCGAGAAGUGUUGACCAAGCCGAGGCUACCAUGAGGAAGGCCCGUGUCUCGGUCCGUGCUAGGUCCGAGGCCGCCAUGAUCAAUGAUGGAUGCCAAUGGCGCAAGUACGGACAAAAAUUGGCUAAGGGCAACCCGUGCCCUCGUGCAUACUAUCGUUGCACGAUGGUUACGGGUUGCCCUGUCCGAAAACAGGUCCAACGAUGCGCUGACGACACGACCAUCCUGAUAACGACCUACGAGGGCAACCACAACCAUCCGUUGCCCCCGGCCGCCAUGGCCAUGGCGUCGACCACUUCCUCGGCCGCGAAGAUGCUCCUCUCCGGCUCGAUGCCGAGCGCCGACGGCAUGAUGAACUCGAAUUUCCUAGCUAGAACCCUCCUCCCAUGCUCCUCGAGCAUGGCCACCAUCUCCGCCUCCGCCCCAUUCCCAACCAUCACAUUAGACCUAACACAAUCCCCAAACCCUCUCCAAAUCCCCAAACCCUCGAACCAAUUUCCCCUCUCCUUCCUCAAUCCGCCCCAAAACAUGGCGGCCAGCGGCCGAUCCGCCGCGGCCGCCCUCAUAUUCGGCCAGAACCAAUUGAGCGAAACCGCAAACGCUAUAGCAACGGACCCGAACUUCACGGUGGCUCUAGCCGCGGCGAUUUCCUCGCUCAUUGGCCCCGGGGGGCCGAGCUCUAGUAACGGUAGCGCCAUCAAUAACAACAACAACAACAACGACAACAACAACAACGGAAACGGCAGCAGUAAUAAUAGUGGCGAUGGCAACAAUAACCUAAACGGCUCGGGGUUUCGAGUCAACUUAUGAUCGUCGGCCAAAGGAAACCCUCAUUUCCAUCUAGAUUAGUCUUUUUUAAAAAAAAAUUGUUGUGCUUUCACACAAAAAUUUUGAAAUUCAAAACAUUAG